AUGGCUGCAGAAGUGGUGGUUGCAGAUGUGUUGGCGGCAGUGUUGGUGGCGGCAGUAGUGAUGGCGUUAAAGCGGUGGCGGCAAUACUGGUGGCGACAGUAUCUACGUGGUGGCGGCAAUAGUGAUGGCUGCAGUAGUGGUGGUGGUAGUAGUGAUGGCGGCGGUAUCAGUGGCGGCAAUACUGGUUGCGCUAGUAGUAACGGUGGCGGCAGUAGUGAUGGCGGCAGUAGUAACGGUUGCGGCAGUAGUAAUGGCAGCAUCAGUAACGGUGGUAGCAGUAGUGGUGGCGGCAGUUGUAACGGUGGCUACAUUCGUUAUGGUGGCAGUGGAAGUAGGGUUGAUUUUGGUUGUCGUUGA